AUGUUCACCACGAAAGGGGAGCCGUUGGAGUUGAGGAAUGUGACGAGCUGUGUUAUGGUUUGGGCGAGUUCGGGCCUGAAGGCUCCUUGCAUCGGCAUUGCAAGGGACGACGAGUUUAACGGGGCCCGCGAGGUUCGGGUCGGAUUUUCAGGCUAUGUGCAGAGAAGAAGGGACGUUUGUUUUGUUCAGGACUUAGCAGCAGCAGCAGUUGAUGUUACACCGCCUUUACCCACGUAUCUGGAUACGUUCUGCGAGACCCACAAGUCGGCAGCUGAGGAAGACGAGCUUAUGAGCUCCAGCAUCUCGUUGGGGAUCCCCACCAUAACCUCAAUCCCGCUCCCCAUCAACGCCCUCAGCACACCCGGGUCGGCGUCGAACAGCUUCACUUUCCCGAUCUUGUUGUCCUUGAGGAGAUCCACCACCGUAUCCGGCGACAGGCGGUGGUUGGACAUCGUCCCCCAGUUCACUCCGAUCCCGGACUCUGCCACCAUUGACGCCACCGACAAGCAGAGGAGGAGUACAGGGAUUCUGGGGCUGCCUGACAUCUUUCGUCUAGCUCUAGGGCUGAAGAUGUUGGGGGAGAGAAUCUUUUCAUUAAUGGCGAGGUAG